AUGGACACGUCCCGCCCCCUCCCGGGUGCACGUCUUAAAAGGGCAAAGAAAGGGCGCCGGGACGUCCCCUCGGCGCCGGUCCUGACCCAUUCUGUUGGGGUUCCCCAGUUCUUCGAAGCGUCCGUGAGUGGAAGCGACGGGCAUCCCACCGUCUCGCGCCCCUACCCGGCCUCCUCCCCCGCGGUGGGCCCCGCAGACCGGCGCGGCCCCUUUAAGAGCCUCGCGGGUCGGCAGCCGGAGGUCGCGGUGUUCCCGGGGCGCCACGGGCCGCCCUCCACCUGCUCUCGGGCCGCGCUCCCCGCCAUGCAGGCGCUGCGGGCCAGCCUGACCCUGUACGGGCUGCCGGGGCUGGCGCAGCUCAAGAGCCGCGAGUCGUACGUGCUGUGCUACGACCCGCGCACCCGCGGCGCGCUCUGGGUGGUCGAGCAGCUGCGGCCCGAGCGGCUCCGCGGCGACGGCGACCGCCGCUCGUGCGACUUCCGCGAGGACGACUCCGUGCACGCGUACCACCGCGCCACCAACGCCGACUACCGCGGCAGUGGCUUCGACCGCGGCCACCUCGCCGCCGCCGCCAACCACCGCUGGAGCCAGAAGGCCGUGGAGGACACCUUCUACCUGAGUAACGUCGCGCCCCAGGUGCCCCAUCUCAACCAGAACGCCUGGAACAACCUGGAGAAGUACAGCCGCAGCCUGACUCGCACCUACCAAAAUGUCUAUGUAUGCACGGGGCCGCUCUUCCUGCCCAGGACGGAGGCUGACGGCAAGUCCUAUGUGAAGUACCAGGUCAUCGGCAAGAACCACGUGGCGGUGCCCACCCACUUCUUCAAGGUGCUGAUCCUGGAGGCAGCAGGCGGGCAAAUCGAACUCCGCUCCUAUGUGAUGCCCAACGCUCCUGUGGACGAGGUGGUCCCGCUGGAGCGCUUCCUGGUGCCCAUCGAGAGCAUCGAGCGGGCCUCGGGGCUGCUCUUUGUGCCAAAUAUUCUGGCGCGGGCAGGCAGCCUCAAGGCCAUCACUGCAGGCUCCACGUGAAGGCCGUACCCUGCCGGACUGUGGGGGCUGGGUCGCAUUAAAGGUGGUGAUCUUUGGAGACA